AUGGCCUCUCGGCGGAUCACACGGGAGUCGUUUGAUGCUGUAGUGCAGGACAAAGUUAAAAGGUAUCGCAUGGAGCGGAGCGAUGCUAUAGAGGACACAAUCCAUCAUUUUAAAGCUCAUUCAAGGCCAGUCCCAAGACCAAGAUACGAAGACAGUUUUCAUGAUGAUGGAAGAUACGCUCAUGACAACGCCCAGCACCAUCCACAUGAUGAUUGGAGUGAAGACCCUAGAGAUGACUACCCAGGACCUUCUUAUAGACCUACUAGUCCCCUCAUGAGGAAAGAUAACUAUUACCACGAACAGUAUGGCCGCCCAGCAUCUCGUGACCGGGAAUUUGGCCGCCCGGCAACUCAUGACCGAGAGUAUGGGCGUCCAGCUUCGCACGAUCGGGAGUAUGGGCGUCCAGCUUCGCAUGACCGGGAGUAUGGACGCCCAGGAUCUCAUGAUCGGGAAUAUGGACACCCGGCUUCCCAUGACCGGGAAUAUGGACGCCCAACUUCCCAUGACCGGGAGUAUGGGGGUCUGGCUCCUCAUGACCAGGACUAUGGCCCUCCUGACUCUUGGGAAUCCACCGCACCACAUGAAACUGACUUUAGUUCUUCAGAUAUUUUAGGUGAUUUUAGAUCACCAGGACUAAUGGAAGAUGAAUAUGGCAACAUGGAGAAUCAGGAGUAUGACGUAGACUUUGGAAUUCAAUCUGACAGUGAGUUCCGACCCCCAAUACGGAGGGGCAACAUUGGCAGGGGAAGAGCUCUGCGAGGAAAGCGUAUUGCACGGGGUGCUGUUAAAACUAAAGUAUUCAAAGGAGAUAUCAAAACUCCCCUAAAGAAAUGGAACACUAAGAAACUGCCACCAGGCCCUGAUCAGAAGCCAGCUAUGCAACCUGAUCAAAUGCCAGAAACUGCUGAACGACCGAACCAGAGGCCGGUGGCCAUCCAACGCCCUAAUCAAAAAUUGCCUCCACGACCUAAUCAGAGGCCAGCUAUAGCAACCCAGAGACCUAUUCUCAGGCUCCCAAAACCUGCGCAUGUUUUCAGAAAUCUCAAUUUUGACCUUGUGGACAAAUCGGACAUUUUUUCAACGUUUGGAAUAGAAAUUAUAAAAUGGGCUGGGUUUCAUGCAAUAAAAAAUGAUGCAGAAUUUUCCCGUCUCUUUGGAGCUCUCUUUGAGCUAGAGACAGAAACCUGUGCAAAAAUGCUUGCUUCUUUCAAAUGCUCCCUAAAGCCAGAACACAGAGAUUAUUGUUUCUUUACUAUCAAGAGUUUACAACAUGCUGCUCUGAAAACUCCCAAAGUGGACAAUGAGUUUUUAAAUAUGCUGUUGGACAAGGGUGCUGUGAAAACAAAGAACUGCUUCUUUGAAAUAAUAAAACCUUUUGAUAAAUACAUAAUGAGGCUACAAGACCGCCUCCUAAAAGGUGUUACGCCGCUGCUUAUGGCCUGCAAUGCUUACGAGUUAAGCAUUAAGACAAGUGGUUUUGGUAAUCCAAGAGAAAUGGCAAGUGCUUUCGAGACCACUGUUUCUCUUUGUCGUAAGUCUUUAGCCCUUCUGGGUCAGACCUUUGCGCUAGCAUCUGUUUUUAGGCAAGAGAAAAUACUUGAAGCUGUAGGGCUCCAGGAAAUGGCGCCAGCACCAACGCUAUUCCCAAACUUUGAUGAUUCAACAUUGUUUGGAAGAGAGUACAUUGAAAACUUGAAGGCUUGGUUGGAGAAGAGUGGGUAUCCAAUUCAGAUGAAGAAAACUGAACCGGAGUCCACAGUACAGCUUAAUAAACCCUCUCCUGACACAAAAGUUAAAAGUGAGUGAACUGUUGUGAGAUACUCUGCCAUAGCCCCGCAGCGAGCUGAUCGGAAGGUUGUAGAGACAAUUGAACAGCUAGUGAAUAGCAUUGUUUCAGGAACCUUGUCUGCCAAAGAGAGAAAUGCUCAAAAGAACUGUCCUGAAUAUUGGUUCUUGUCUGAUGAAGAUAGUCUAGAAUACAAGUAUUACAGACUGAAGUUAUCAGAGAUGCAGAGGCGGACAUCAGCUGGGAAGGAAGCGGGUGGCGAGGGCAGAACACUAGAAGAAUCUGCAACAGAAUCAGUCAGGGCCAUGUUGUAUGCCAGGAAAGUCGCAAGUAUUAAGAGAAGGCUAUUUAAAAGAAAAAGGCUUGGAAUUAUCACACAACAUGGUAUUCGAGGAAGGAAGGUGAAGAGAGCAACCAUAGGGACACAGACGGUGCUUUCAGCUGGCACAGUGCUGAAGCACCAAGACAAACAACUUCAAGGUUCAGUCCAGUCAAAGCCUUCUGUAUCAGAAACCAGCCUGUCUGAGAAGAAUUCUUCCCUCGAUACCACCUCAUCCUCACAGUGUGCCACCGGUUCAGAGGUCUCUCUGCCAGCAGAAGAAAGGGCAGAUUCUGAGGAUUUAUUAGCACCGCCUGAACUUUUCCCACCAUUGUCCUCUCAAUUUCCUGAUGUGGAUGCUAAAACAAUGGAGACAGCUGAGAAGCUUGCCAAAUUUGUUGCUCAGGUAGGACCAGAAAUUGAGCAGUUCAGCAUAGACAACAGUGCAGACAACCCAGACCUUUGGUUUCUACAGGAUCGAAACAGUUCUGCUUUCAAAUUUUACCGAAUGAAAGUCUAUGAGUUAUGUCCAUCUAUUAACUUCAGUGCUGUGUCAGAAGCAACUGAUGCUGGCGAAGGUUCUAAACCUGAAGAGAGAAAUUUGGAUAUUUCAGAAGAGGAGGAGGAGGAAGAAGAAGAAGAGGAAGAAGAUAACGAGGAGGAAGCUGAGUUUGAGGAGGAGGCAUCAGCUCCCGCUCCUGGUACCCUCUUCCCUCGCAAACGAAUCAGCAGCAAGUCUCUGAAAGUCGGUAUGAUUCCUGCGUCUAAAAGGAUUUGCCUCAUAGAAGAACCAAAAGUGCAUGAACCUGUCCGAAUUGCUUACGAUAGGCCUCGUGGUUGCCCAGUUACAAAAAAGAAGAAGAAACCAAAAGAUUUAGAAUUUUCGCACAAGAAACUGACAAACAGGAAUGUGGGUUUCCAGAUGCUUCAGAAGAUGGGCUGGCAAGAAGGACAUGGCCUCGGUACACGAGGAAAAGGAAUCAGAGAGCCUGUAAAAGUGGGUGCUACCUCUGCAGGGGAGGGCUUGGGUGUUGCAGGGGAAGAAAAUAAAGAAGAUGCAUUUGAUGUUUUCCGUCAAAGAAUGAUACAAAUGUACAGGCAGAAAAGAGCAAGUAAAUAG